CAAUUCUCAACACCACACACACUCAAACCCAAAAUCACCAAAGCUUCUUCUUUCCACCGCAUCUCUCUUAUCUCCAAAUCUAGAAUUUAAUUUCAUGAGUAUUUUUAUGAUGGCAGCGAUCGGCACCGGCGCAAAAAAGCAGAUUAAAAAUGCGGUGGUGCCGGAGCCAGAGUCCGAGCUGAAAAAGAGAAACGAAGAGCUCGAGAAGGAGUUGAAGGAAAGCAAGGAGAGAGAAGAGCAAAUGAGACGGCAGUUACAGAGCGCGUGGGAGAGGCUGCGCGUGGCGGAGGAAGCCGAGGAGAGACUCUGCUCGCAGCUCGGAGAGCUGGAAGCAGAAGCCGUUUAUCAAGCGCGUGACUAUCACGAUCGGAUAGUUUCUCUGAUGGAGCAGCUCUCACGCGCGCAGAGGCUCAUACACGAGGCCAUUCCUUCGUAUUCAACCUAACGAAGGCUUCGUGAAAAUGAAAAUGAGGCUUGUAAUAGAUUUUGUAUCUGCGGCUACCACGUCAUAAAUGUAUAUGUAAAUGAAAAUGAGCCUGGAAGAUUGAUGAAUGAGAUGGUAAACGAUCUUUUGCAGAUUAACCAAAAUUUUGAGUUUAAAUUAAAUUAUGUUAUGGAAUGAUUAAAUUUUGUAAUUUUUCAUAAUUGUGCGUCGAGAAAAUUUUAAUUUGGGAUUA